GAGCCCCUGCGCCAUGGCCGAGCGCGGUGCGGAUCUGUCGGCGCUGCCUAAAGAGGUCAGGGACCAGCUGGCGGAGCUGGACCUGGAGCUGUCUGAAGGGGACAUCACACAAAAGGGCUACGAGAAGAAAAGGACCAAACUCCUGGCUCCCUUCAUCAUCCAGGCUCCUCCGGUCGAGCCUCCUCCUAAGAACGAUGUCCAGCCCCCUGCUCCGCCCUCCUCCUCAGGCCACGCCCCUCCAACGUCAAACGCGUCCCGGUACCGAGAGAGACGCUCCAAGAGGUCGCAUCGCAAUGGAGGCACCAGGGAUGACCGCUACAGAUCAGAUAUCCACACUGAGGCGGUGCAGGCGGCUCUGGCCAAACACAAAGAGGAGAAGAUGGCUCUGCCCAUGCCCACGAAGCGCCGCUCCACCUACGUCCAGUCUCCCAUCAACACACGCACGCCUCCAGACUCCUCCUCCGGGUCUGAAGACGACUCGUCCAGCCGGAGACAUUCGUCAGGAGCCGCUCCGAUGCCUCAGGUCCACCCCGGCCUUCAGUCAAACUUCCAGGCGCCCCCGUCCCUGCAGAGUCCAGAGGCCUGGAUUAACCGCUCCGUUCAGGGCUCCUCCACCUCCUCCUCUGCCUCCUCCACCAUGUCCCAUGGAGAGCCCAAACCCGCCCAGGCCCAGCCCCAGUACAAACCCCAGUACCAGCCUCUGUACCAGCCCCAUGACAGCAGCGCCGCCGCAGUCACCAACAUGCUAGCACACAGCCGGAUCGCUCCACCUGAAAACAGUGCCCCACCUCCAGAUGUUACUGCUGUAGUGCCGCCAGUGACCACCAGAGGGCCCCGCGUCGACCGUCCUUCCAACGCAACCGUCCGGGGCAUGAGCCGAGGCCAGAGUCGCUCCAGUAUGAUGGAGACCGCUGACGGAGUCCCGGUGAACAGUCGAGUUUCCACUAAAAUCCAGCAGCUCCUGAACACUUUGAAAAGACCAAAGAGACCUGAACUCAGUGAAUUCUUCACAGACGACUCGGAGGAGAUCGUGGAAGUGCCCCAGCCAGACCCGAACACCCCGAAGCCCGAGGGUCGACAGAUCAUCCCAGUGAAGGGAGAGCCUCUGGGGGUGGUGAGUAACUGGCCUCCUGCUCUUCAGGCGGCUCUGGCUCGAUGGGGCGCCACCCAGGGGAAGAGUCCUGCACUUACAGCUCUGGACAUCACCGGGAAGCCUCUGUACACGCUCACAUACGGGAAGCUGUGGAGUCGCAGUGUGAAGUUGGCCUACACACUUCUGCACAAACUGGGCACCAAGAACGAGCAGAUUCUGAAGCCGGGCGACAGGGUGGCGCUGGUGUAUCCUAACAGUGACCCUGGAAUGUUCUGGGUGGCCUUUUAUGGUUGUCUAUUGGCUGAAGUCAUUCCUGUGCCAAUUGAGGUCCCACUGUCCCGAAAGGACGCAGGUAUCAGUCAGCUGGGCUUCCUCUUGGGCAGCUGUAGUGUUGGUUUGGCUUUGACCAGUGAGAUCUGUCUGAAGGGUCUCCCCAAAACGCCAACGGGGGAAAUACUACAGUUUAAAGGUUGGCCGAGAAUGAAGUGGGUGGUCACAGACUCCAAAUACUUGACUAAACCUGGAAAAGACUGGCAACCCCAUAUCCCCACCGCCAACACAGACACAGCGUACAUAGAGUACAAAGCGAGUAAAGACGGCACAGUGGUCGGCGUCGCUGUUUCUAAAGUGGCCAUGUUGACGCACUGCCAGGCUCUGACUCAGGCCUGUAACUACUGUGAAGGAGAGACGAUGGUGAACGUGUUAGACUUUAAAAAGGAAAUGGGACUUUGGCACGGCGUUCUGACAGCUGUGAUGAACAGAAUCCACACCAUCAGCGUCCCGUAUGCAGUGAUGAAGGCCUGUCCCCUGUCCUGGGUCCAGAGGGUCCACAUACACAGAGCGCGUGUGGCUCUGGUGAAAUGCCGGGACCUGCACUGGGCGAUGAUGGCCCAUAGAGAGCAGCGCGAUACCAGCUUCACCUCCCUCAGGAUGCUCAUAGUGGCCGAUGGAGCCAAUCCCUGGUCCGUGUCUUCUUGUGAUGCCUUCCUAAACGUUUUCCAGUCUCACGGCCUGAAGCCGGAGGUCAUCUGUCCCUGUGCAGCGUCUCCAGAGGCACUCACUGUCGCCAUCCGCAGACCGGGGGUACCUGGCGCCCCGCUCCCCGCCCGCGCCAUCCUCUCCAUGACGGGCCUGAGCCACGGCGUGAUCCGAGUCAACACAGAGGACAAGAACUCCGCCCUCACUGUUCAGGACGUGGGUCAUGUGAUGCCCGGAGCUCUGAUGUGUAUCGUCAAACCGGAUGGACCGCCUCAGUUGUGUAAAACAGAUGAAAUUGGUGAAAUCAUCAUAAACUCUCGCGCUGGAGGAACCAUGUACUACGGCCUGCCCGGGCUCACCAAGAACACGUUUGAGGUGAUUCCGGUCAAUUCAAACGGCGUUCCAAUCGGAGAGAUCCCAUUUGUGCGGUCCGGACUGCUGGGGUUUGUUGGACCAGGAAGUCUGAUCUUCGUCGUGGGUAAAAUCGAGGGUCUGCUGAUGGUCAGUGGGAGGAGACAUAACGCAGACGACCUUGUGGCCACCGCUCUCGCCGUGGAGCCCGUCAAAACUGUUUACAGAGGAAGGAUCGCUGUGUUUUCGGUGACGGUCUUUUAUGAUGAGCGAGUGGUAAUUGUGGCAGAGCAGAGACCAGACGCCAGUGAAGAGGACAGCUUCCAGUGGAUGAGCCGAGUACUGCAGGCCAUUGACAGCAUCCACCAGGUGGGGCUGUACUGUCUCGCUCUAGUUCCGGCGAACACUCUUCCCAAAACUCCGCUCGGAGGGAUCCACAUCUCCGAUGCAAAGCAGUUCUUUCUGGAGGGAAGUCUUCAUCCUUGUAACAUCCUCAUGUGCCCCCACACCUGUGUCACCAACCUGCCUAAGCCCAGGCAGAAGCAGCCAGUUGGAGUUGGCCCUGCAUCUGUCAUGGUGGGAAACCUAGUGGCCGGGAAGAGAAUUGCACAGGCUGCCGGACGAGACCUGGGAAUGAUCGACGACCAGGAUCUCAUCCGAAAGCACCAGUACUUGGCCGAGGCCCUGCAGUGGAGGGCCCAGAGCGAUCCAGACCAUGUUUUAUUUGUACUGCUCAAUGCAAAGGGCAUGACGGUGUGCACAGCCACAUGUGUCCAGCUCCAUAAAAGAGCUGAGAAGAUCGCAGCAGCUUUGAUGGAGAAAGGAAGCAUCAACACAGGGGAGAACGUGGUACUGCUCUACCCCCCAGGCAUAGACUUGAUAGCAGCAUUUUACGGGUGCCUCUACGCCGGGUGUGUCCCAGUCAACGUCAGACCUCCUCAUCCACAAAACCUGGCCGCCACUCUCCCAACUGUGCGCAUGAUCAUCGACGUCAGUCGAGCCGCCUGCAUCCUCACCACUCAAAACCUCACCAGGAUUCUGCGCUCAAAAGAGGCAGCUGCUUCUGUAAAUAUAAAAACGUGGCCAACGAUCAUCGACACAGAUGACCUGCCUCGACGGCGCCCCCCGCAGAUCUACAAACCUCCAACCGCAGAGAUGAUCGCGUACUUGGACUUCAGCGUGUCCACCACAGGCAUGCUGACCGGGGUCAAGAUUUCUCAUGCAGCGAUCAGCGCUCUAUGCCGCUCCAUCAAACUCCAGUGCGAGCUCUACUCCUCUCGGCAAAUCGCCAUCUGCCUCGACCCGUACUGCGGCCUGGGCUUUGUACUCUGGUGCCUGGCCAGCGUGUACUCGGGGCACCAGUCCAUCCUCAUUCCUCCGUUUGAGCUGGAGAGCAGUGUGUCUUUGUGGCUCACCACUCUGAGCCAGUAUCGCAUCAGGGACACAUUUUGUUCCUAUUCUGUGAUGGAGCUAUGCACAAAGGGACUGGGCACACAGACUGACCUGCUCAAGGCUCGGGGAGUGAACCUGUCAUGUGUGCGGAGCUGUGUGGUGAUCGCAGAAGAGCGCCCCCGUCUGGCCCUGUCACACUCCUUCUCUAAACUGUUUAAAGACGUGGGUUUGUCCUCCAGAGCCGUCAGCACUGCCUUUGGGUCAAGGGUCAACCUCGCAGUCUGUCUGCAGGGAACCACUGGACCUGAUCCUUGUACAGUUUAUGUCGACAUGAAAUCCCUCCGCCAUGACAGAGUUCGACUGGUGGAGAGAGGGGCGCCUCAGAGUCUUCCACUGAUGGAGUCGGGAAAAAUUUUGCCUGGAGUUCGAGUAAUAAUCGUAAACCCUGAAACUAAAGGCCCACUUGGUGAUUCACAUCUGGGAGAGAUCUGGGUCCACAGCCCUCAUAACUCCAGCGGAUACUACACCAUCUAUGGAGAGGAGGGUCUUCAAGCCGAUCACUUCAACACCAAACUCAGCUUCGGAGAUCCUCAGACGCUGUGGGCCCGCACCGGCUACCUGGGGUUUGUGAAGAGGACCGAGCUGCUGGACGCUAGUGGAGAUCGUCAUGACGCCCUGUUCGUGGUGGGGUCCCUGGAUGAGACUCUGGAGCUGAGGGGGCUGCGGUACCACCCCAUCGACAUCGAGAUCUCUGUAUCCCGGGCUCACCGCAGUAUCGCUGAGAGUGCUGUGUUUACAUGGACCAACCUUCUCGUGGUGGUGUCUGAGCUGUGCGGUUCUGAGCAGGACGCAUUGGACCUGGUUCCUCUGAUCACAAACGUGGUUCUGGAGGAGCAUCACCUCAUCGUGGGCGUGGUCGUCAUCGUUGAUCCAGGAGUCAUCCCCAUCAACUCCAGGGGCGAGAAGCAGCGCAUGCAUCUAAGGGACUCUUUCCUAGCUGACCAACUCGACCCCAUCUACGUGGCUUACAACAUGUGAACAAUACAGAUACAAUACAUUAUAAUAAUCAAUACUGCUGCGGGUAAAGGUUGGAGUCAUUUAGCCUGGCAUCCAGACUGCGGCUCUCUGUCUUUGUACAGAUAUUCCCAGCCUGGACAUCACUCCCUCAGG